UUAGGACCGCGUACACACACAGGGGAGACCUGCCUGCAGCCCCAGACCCAGGGCUCACAACCGUCCCGGCAGCCGCCGCCGGACACCGGCCACUUCCCGGUUUCCCGAGCUCCCAGUAUGAACCGCAAGAAGCUGCAGAAGCUGACGGACUCCUUAAAUAAAAAUUGCAAGCAUUUUAGCAAAUUUGAAGUGAAAUGCCUUAUCAACCUCUUCUAUAACCUGGUGGGAGAAGUGACGGAGCGGCAGGGUGUGAUCAUCGGGCUGGACCGCAACGCCUUUCGGAACAUCCUGCAUAUGACGUUUGGGAUGACGGACGACAUGAUCAUGGACAGGGUUUUCCGAGGGUUUGAUAAAGACAACGAUGGUUGCAUAAGUGUAACAGAGUGGGUUUAUGGAUUAUCAGUGUUUCUUCGAGGAACUCUGGAAGAAAAAAUGAAAUUUUUCCAAGGUUUUCAAGAUGAAAUUGUCAACUUGUUGUUCCUUGGCCUGCUCUUUGUAGAUUGCUUUGAAGUGUUUGACUUGAACGGGGACAGCUUCAUCUCCAAGGAGGAGAUGUUCCACAUGCUGAAGAACAGCCUCCUGAAGCAGCCGUCUGAGGAAGACCCUGACGAAGGCAUCAAAGACUUGGUGGAGAUCACACUGAAGAAAAUGGACCAUGAUCAUGAUGGGAAGCUGUCUUUCGCGGACUAUGAACAGGCCGUGAGGGAGGAGACCCUUCUACUGGAAGCGUUUGGGCCAUGUCUCCCUGACCCAAAGAGCCAGAAAGAAUUUGAAGCCCAAGUAUUCAAAGAUCCAAAUGAAUUCAAUGAGGUGUGAAUUCCUAAAUGUCAUCUCAAAUGGUGGGCACACAUCUGAACAUCACUGAAACUACUGAAUUCCCGUUGGAGCAAUCAGUAACCAAGAUGGCUUCCAAAGAACGAUGAUUCCGGUGUUCAGCAUUGAGACACCUUCCUGCUGUGCCCUGGGAGACAGCCAGAGACACAGGGCCUGUUUUCAUCUGCUCUGUGUCACUGUCUGAAGUGCCUGAGGGCUCAGCCUACUGCCCAGAGGAGCCCCGAGCAAACACCAGGGACAGACAGCACCACGAGGCUGACCCAUCUGUGGGUGGGCAGGGGCGGGGCAUGCUCCUCCCUGGGUCUGAGGUGAGGUCUGGGUGUGAGUCAGCCCGGACGCCCCCCUUCUGGUCAGAUUCAAAGCCCCCACUCUGUUCUGCCCCCCUGGGUCUCCCCAUGGGCCCCACUGUUAGUCCACAUCACCCCACCUGGGAUGCCCCUUGUGCAGCCCCUCAUCCGGGGCCAUGUCAUCACAUGUGCCCACCAGCCGGGUAUCCCCAAAGCCGGCCUUGCCUUCCCUUGCCCCCGUUUCCAGUGGGUGCUGAGGGCAUCGGACGCAGCUCGAGAAAGACGGGCCUCAUUCUGCUGCUGAGCCACGUCUGCCUCCUGCGAACUCCAGGGCAGCCGUGGGGAUGUCAAGUGGGAACCCCCGGUCCACGUGCAGACACGUAAAGGCCACAUGGCCUAUCAAAUUCCCCUUGUUACUGCAUAUGCUUUAUGACAUUUUAGCAAAAGAAUACCUAGUGUUAAAAAUGAAGUGCUGUAAAUAAGUGGAAUAUCCAAUUUCAUGAAAUAGAAGACAUUUUACUGUCCAAAUGUUUUCUUAAAGUUUUGGAUUCUCACACAGAUGGACUUUGAUACAACUUCUCUGUCUUGAGUUGGUAUAUAAAAAAUGCAACACAAUAUGCUUGUAAUUUUUAUUGUAUUUUUCCAAUUACAAAUAAUACUCACUGAAAAAUAUU